UUUACAAUCUCUCUGUAAAAUCAAAGCUCCCUCACAGACCCAUUUUAAAGGUAUGUAACUGAACUCAACUUCCAUAUGUUUAACCAUUUUUAUUUUUUUUAAUCUUUAUAGAAUUCCCUUUUUACAUGAAAAUUCAUUCAAUAUAUUUGCACUUGCUAUAAUCAUGUCUAUUGCUAUCUUAUCUUCCAUUAUUAUAAUCUCUAAACCCCAGUUUGCAUUUUUCUUUAAACCCCACAUCAUAAAACCCAAAACCCUUAAAUCUUCACACCAAAGAAACAGAGUAAUUUUCCUAGCAAGCCCCAUCAAAAGCCCGAUUUUCGAUACCCAAAUCGAUCAAACAACCUCACAAGAGCUCUCACCUGAGCUGUCCAACAGGUACAUUCGUUUCCUCUGCGAAACAGGAAAUAUCGAUAAAGCUAUGGACUUUUUAUCUCAGAUGGAAGCUUUAGGGUUUCGUUUAAGUUAUGUUUCAUAUAUAGCUUUGUUAACUGGACUAGCAAGUGCAGGCAGGACAGUCGAAAUUGAGGCAAUUUUCAAAGAAAUGGUUUUCUUAGGUUAUCAUCCAAGAUUGAAACUUUUUAAUGUUUUGCUUAAAGGGUUUUUGAAAAAAGGUCUUUUAACGCUUGCGGAUAAGGUUGUGGAGUCGAUGAAUGAAAUGGGUGUGUGGAAGAAUCGAGAAACGUAUGAGAUUCUACUUGGGUAUUGUGUUAGUAGUGGACGGUUGAAAGACUCGUGGGAGGUUGUAAAUGAAAUGAAAAAAGACGGGUUUGAGCCGGAUUCGUUUGUUUAUAGUAGGAUUAUUGAGCUGUAUAGGGAUAAUGGGAUGUGGAAGAAAGCGAUAAGUCUUGUAGCGGAGAUAAAGGAUAGUGGAGUAUUGAUGGAUAACAAGAUUUUUAAUAGCGUUAUUGAUAUUUUUGGGAAGUCGGGUGAACUAGAGGAUGCGUUACAAGUGUUUGAGAAAAUGCAGCUAGAAGGGGUUACACCGGAUAUUAGUACGUGGAAUUCUUUGAUAAAGUGGCAUUUUAAGCAUGGUGAUAUCACGAAUGCACUUGUGUUGUUUGAUAGGAUGCAAACACAAGGGAUGUAUCCUGAUCCGACUAUUUUUGUUACUAUUAUUAGUCGGUUAGGAGAGCAGGGGAAGUGGGAUGUAAUGGAGAGGACUUUUGAGCGUAUGAAAAGUGGAGGGUUUGAACAAAGUGGAAUUAUAUACGCGGUUUUGGUUGAUAUCUAUGGGCAGUAUGGAAAAUUUGAGGAUGCGGGGGAGUGUAUAAGUGCACUAAAAGUGAAAGGAGUCCCCUUGUCGGCUAGAAUCUUUUGUGUGCUUGCAAACGCCUAUGCCCAACAGGGUAUGUGUGAGCAGACAGUUAAAGUUCUGCAAUUGAUGGAACGUGAAGGAAUCGAACCAAACCUGAUUAUGCUCAACGUUCUGAUAAAUGCAUUUGGGAUUGCAGGAAGGCAUUUGGAGGCACUCUCAGUGUAUCAACACAUAAAAGAAAGUGGUGUAAGUCCAGAUGUGGUUACCUACAGUACGCUUAUGAAAGCUUUAAUAAGGGCAAAGGAGUUCGACAAGGUACCUGUAGUAUACAAGGAUAUGCAGUUGGCUGGAUGUUCACCGGAUAGGAAAGCCAAAGAGUUGUUGCAAAUUGCAAUGAUGGUUCUUGAACGUCGGCGUUAGUUAUACCGACUAACGGACAGAGUUCUUGCCAUCCAACGAUUUAGCCAACAAUGGGAGUUCACAACUUCACCUCCUUUGGAUUUCUUCAAAGUCUGGUCAGGUUAUAUGUAAUUGGUAAUGGGACAAAUUGGUAAACUGUAUGAACUUAUAUAAACGUAAAAAGAGUCAUUGGGCAACGACAAAGCAGCCAGAGGAUGUCAUUGGGCCUGAAAAGUUCAUCGAAGGCAUAUUUUAUUAGCAUAAAGGGUAUGCAGUUUAUGCACGUUGAACAUUGUACUUCUUCCAAAGCAUUGCCCUAAAGAGGACAUGAAAGGGUCUAUAAACAAAGGCCCUGGGAUGGUGGUAACAGUUGAUUGAUCGAGUCAAUAAAUCAUUGUGUGUAUCAUUAAGAAUUGGCCAUUAGAAGAACACAUAUACCCUGAAUAUUGGAAAUUUCUUGAAUCAAUUGCAAAAGCAGUAUGAGUUAAUCCCGAGUUCAAGAAGAAAGGAAAGGCCCUGCCAUUAUUGGACCAUACCGCAUGGAGUCUGCGCGUCACUGGCCAAGGAUCGCAAUUGCAGCCAAUGCUAUUAUUUAGAUUAUAAGCGUUCCAGGAGGAAUGUGCAUUGUCUAUGUUCAUUGUUCACGGUAUCGUUUCAUUUUACGUUAUUGAGAUCCUGUUAGAUACCUACGAAUGAGUAACAAUGAUCCAUUUUUUUGUAUUUAGUUUUUGGUGA